GAUGGGUAUAAAACUGCUGAAAAUCCUGAUAAUAAUUUUGUAUUUUUAAGCGCUGUUAACUGUGAUUUUCACUGUGUUAUCUGUUUCUUAACUGCUUAUAUUACGACUUGAAUUGGAUGCAAUGGACAUGGAUACUGUGUUGUAGAGAGUGGUGUAUUGUAGUCUAAAGGUAUAUAUGCAAUUUUGUGUCAAAUUUUUAUUUGAAAUUGAAAAUAAUUGAAAUACAUAUAUUCUGGAAAAAUGCCUUCCCUUAGAUACUUUUCGUUAUUGCCAGUCUUGUGUGUUUGAAAAAUAUUGAGCUUCAUGAAGUAACUUUACAAAUAUAACAGUGGUUGAAUAAAUGAAUCAAAAAGUGUUUAUGUAUUGCAAUACAUUUUUCAGCUAUAGAGCAACAAAUAUCCAGAUAAUUCUGCAAUUAAUUGCAUAAUUUAAAACUUGUAGCAGUUUAAUGAAAUUGUGAAAUAUUACCGGCAAUUUGUGUGAUCUGUUUACAAAUGCAAAUAUUGCAUGUACUAACUGUUUGUUGUGUGAUUAUUUAAUAAACUUCUGAGUUCGUUUUCCUUGUCUUGUCUGAAAGUUCAAAUAGUAAGAGUAGUAUUUUGACAAUAUAUUACAAUGAAAAUUUCUUGACAAUAACUUUUACUGCUAGCCAUAUAAUUUGAAAUAUACCUACGCUGAAAUUUGAAAACUGAGUAGAAUUUCUAACAUUUCAAGCCAAGAUGAAAUCGACACUUUCAAUAUCAACAACUCUUUCAGAAAGAAGUUUUCUAAUACCGCCUCCACCAACUAAAGACUCGUGCAAUAAUAAUGUAUCCAUCCAACGGCGAUUAGGUCUCCUGAAUGGUGUCACGCUCAUUGUAGGUGCCAUUGUUGGCACUGGAAUUUUCGUGUCGCCCAAGGGUGUCCUAAAGGAAGCCGGGUCUCUUGGUAUGGCUCUUAUGGUUUGGAGUGCAACUGGAAUUAUAUCUAUGAUCGGAGCUAUGUGUUACAUAGAACUUGGAACUACCUUCCCAAUGUCAGGUUCUGAUUUCACAUAUAUGCGAAUGUGUUUUGGUGAACUGCCAGCUUUUCUAUACCUAUGGGUGUAUAUGGUGAUUAUUGGACCUGUUGGCAAUGCCAUAGCAUCGCUGGCAUUUGCCAAUUAUGUACUGCAAUCGCUUUUUCCAACUUGUACUAUCCCUCCGUCUACAAUUAGAAUUACAGCUGCCUUGAUUUUGUGUUUGUUAACUUAUAUAAACUGCCGAAAUGUACAGUGGGCAACCCGUGUACAAGAUGUGUUCACUUUUGCGAAAGUUGUUGCUCUCAUCAUUAUCAUCAUUGCUGGUGCCUAUCACUUAUCCUUGGGAAAUACCCAGAAUUUUGACAAUGCGUUCCAAGGCACAACUACAGACCCCGGAUAUAUAGCUUUAUCAUUUUACUCCGGUCUUUUCUCUUACGCAGGAUGGAAUUUUUUGAAUUUUGUCACUGAAGAACUCAAAGAUCCAUUCAGGAAUUUACCUCGCGCAAUUUACAUAUCCCUGCCUUUGGUUACAGUGAUUUACUUUCUGGCAAAUGUUGCUUAUUUCGCUGUUCUUACCCCAGAUGAAAUAUUGACAUCAAAUGCUGUGGCCGUGACUUUCGGUGAACGAGUUUUAGGUGUGAUGUCCUGGAUAAUGCCUUUUUCUGUCGCUCUUUCGACAUUUGGUGGAUUAAAUGGCAACAUAUUUGCUUCAGCAAGAUUAUUCUUCGUAGGAGCCAGAGAGGGCCAUUUACCUAAUUGUCUUUCAAUGAUUAAUCUCAAUUACCUAACUCCAGCUCCAAGCUUAGUUUUUCUGUGUCUCCUAAGCUUGGCAUAUCUUUCUACAACUGAAGUCUACGUUCUUAUUAACUAUACAGCAUUUGUGGAAGCCCUUUUUGUGACCCUCUCUGUUGCCGGUUUGCUGUGGUUGAGAUAUAAGAAACCCGACCUUGAGAGACCUAUUAAGGUCAAUCUCAUUCUUCCAGUCACAUUCCUAUUAGUGUGUGGAUUCCUCGUAACUUUCCCAUUUUAUGUGAGCCCAUGGGAAACUGGCAUGGGGAUUGCAAUUACGCUCACCGGCAUACCAGUUUACAUGAUCACUAUAUACUGGAGGAACAAGCCAAAGUUCUACAAAAAAGCAAUAGGAAAAAUAACGUCAAUGGUUCAAAAAUUGCUGUUGAGUGUGCCGGAGGAGAAGUAUGACUGAUGAUUGAUUGGCUGUGCCAAAAGUGGAUCAACGUCCAUCAGUUAUUUGUAAACAUUCUGUCAAGAGCUGCUCCUUCUCAUAGAGUUGGAAUCACAAUGACAAAAUUCCUGCUAUAUUUCCAUAUGUGUUCAAUAUCCAUGCACUGGAAAAAGUCAUUUGUUGUUUUUAUGAGUACUAAUAUGUUUCCAGAAGAAUAAUGCAACGAAUUAGCAAACUAUUUGUCAAAUGCUUUCAUUUUCAUCAUGAAUAACCGUUUUUCCACUUAAUGGUUGUGCAAGAGACUGAAAUGGAAGUUUCAUGAACAUUAAAGAGAUGCAUUCACAAAACGGACAAAAGGGUUAUUAACCUUUAGCUUGUGUUCGCAAGAAAUUGUUUGUGGUUAUUCCUCUGUUUCUACAAGGAUGCUUUUUGCGUUAUGUUUUCUGGUUGCAGUAAAUAUUUUUAUUUGUUUAUUUUGCAUCUUGUUAAAAAAUGUGCAAAUGUAUAAAGUUUGUUUAGGAAAUAAUUUUCAUAUUGAUUUUCAUUUUCGGUGAAAUUAGUUUUGUUUCUAGAAUAUAAAUCGUUUUUUUUUUCAUGGGAAAAAAUUUAAUUAAAUUAAAUCUUGUUUAAUUUAACUAAAUCUAGGAGAAGUUAUCUAUCGAAAUCUUUUUUUUCUAUUAGAAAAAGUUUUAAAGGAAUUAAUCAUUGUCUCCUCUUAUAAUUUAUCAAAUUACUUUUUCAUUUUAUAGAGUAGUAUAAGAUAAGUAAAAGCUUUCUCGCGCAUCUGUUUAUUGCUUCAGUUUAUUUCAAGGCGGGAAAUUAAAAUAAUUUUGCAUCUGAUGCAAACAUUGAAGCUCUUAAAAUCUUACUAUAAGGAAUAAUAUGAAACUAAUUUUUAAUCAAUAAUAAAAACUAAUAGCAUAAAUUCAAAUUCUUUAAAGUUUUUAUGCAAAAAAAAAAUGCUUAGAACGCGUCGAUAUAAUUACAUACACCACGAAAAAACUAUUGGAAAUAAAUAUUUAUAAUCCUUUAGCUCAUUACUUUUCUUACUGAUUAGAUAACAUUCAUUUUGAAACUGAAUUAUAUUGAUCUAACUAGAAGUUUAUAGAUCAAUUCAAGCACUUCCUGUGCACUUCACUUAAAUUCAAGCACUUUAUUUAAAUCCAUUUAUAAUGUAAAAACAAGUCGAUGAAAAGAGUGAAAAAAAUUUAUGAAUUUCGUUUCGGUUGAGAAAUAAAGAUUGCAAAACAGAAACCCAAUUGUAAUAAAAUACUGAAGUAGUAAAAUUGCGCAGGUAUAGGUAAAAACAUAAAAUAUAGACAAAAUUAACAUUGUUAUAUGUGUACUUCGUAGUAUUUGGUGUAUAGAGAAUUUAUAUACCUCUUUUUACAGAAAAAAAAUGUUAUAAAAUAUAUAUAAUAUAUUUUUCUUUAAUUCGCAACAUUUUUUUUUUAUUUAUUCAUAGUUAAUUAUUGAUAAUGGCUUGUAAUUUCUAAGUACAUGCAUCUCCCACUUUCCUCUCCUUUGAAAGCUUCUGGUAUGGUGGUUGAUUUUCGUUUCCUUAUGUGUAAAAUAAUAGUAUAGGGAUCAAUUUACCUGCACUCCAACGAUGGUGAGGAAUUGUAUAGCAACCGGUGAUGACCAUCAGGACUCAUUUAUAACUUCAGCUUCUGUAUUUUUGAGAAGAUUACCAUUCAGUUCACCCGGGAUGCUUCAGCAGAAAGGAAGAAAAGGUGAUUACUUUAAAUUACCAUAAGUAUUUAAAUAAACACUUACGUGAAAAUGGUUGUUUAUUAAUUUUGAUCUAUCUGAAAAACUGGUUUUCAAGUAAGUCUUUCAGUUUUAAAACAGAUCGGAAGCUUCGUGUAUUAAAAUCUACAAUAAGAUUACAGGCGAAGUAUGAAUGAUUAAAAUAUUAUUUAAAAUUAUUAAUAGAAAUUCCCAUGGAAAUACUUGAGUAGUAAAUACUAUGCAUUUCUAAUAAUCAUAUUGAAUAUAUAAUUUUAUGUAGUAAAAGAUUAAUAUUUGCUGUACUAAUAAUGUACUAAUUAAUAUUUGCUUAUACUAAUAUCAUUAAGUUGAUUUUAAUAUCAUUUAAAUUACAAUAAUUUGUUUAAAAAAUUCUUGGGUUGCCUUUCACUAACAUAGUUAAUUCUGUCACUGAUAUUAGUUGAUUGAUGUGAUUUAAAAAUAACCUAGAUAUUGUUGCAAUUUACUUUUACACUUUAAUGUUAUAAUUUGGCCUGUAUGCAACCAAAGAUGUUAUGGUUUGUGUUUCUUAUUCUUCUACGAAUCCAUAAUGCAGAUAUGAAACCUCAAAAGUGUAAGAAUAAAAUGUAAAUGUUAUUGCCUGGUUAAUAAUAUGCUCAAUGUAUGAUUUAUUUCAUCAAAUUCAAAGCAAGAUUAAAUGAGAAAAUUAGCAAUUUGUAUUCACAUUCCUAAACAUGUUGACCAAACUGACACAGCUCAUAAUUUUCCUAAGGCAUCUUGUAGUUACGCUGGCUUCGACUUAUGAUUUCUAUGCUUCCUCGUCCUCUUCUAGUAGUACUGUGGAAUGAAGCAUGGAACUGCUUUCACUUCUAUAACAGUACUGUGGAUUGUAGCAUGCAACUGCUUUCACUUCUAUAACAGUACUGUGGAUUGUAGCAUGCAACUGCUUUCACUUCUAUAACAGUACUGUGGAUUGUAGCAUGCAACUGCUUUCACUUCUAUAAUAGUACUGUGGAUUGUAGCAUGCAACUGCUUUCACUUCUAUAACAGUACUGUGGAUUGUAGCAUGCAACUGCUUUCACUUCUAUAACAGUACUGUGGAUUGUAGCAUAGAAUUGUUAUUAUUCUCACAGUAGCACUAAGAUAAACCUUAUUGAACAAUAAGAGACUAGUGCCUUAAGAUACGUAUUUAUCUGGUUACGUAUUUACGUAUACAUAUUUAUGUAUACGUAUCUACGUAUACGUAUUUAUGUAUACGUAUUUACGUAUAUAUUACGUAUAUACGUAUUUAAUGUUCAAAAUAAUACUUUUCUUUUGCACCAACAAGGAAUGCAGCUAUAGAAUAAAGUUGUAUAAGCUUUUACAGUAAGGUCAUAUUAGUUAGAAUUCUAUAAAAUAUUCACCAUAUCCUGUAAGAUUAUCUUUUUAAAAUUUUUGUUUCAUACAACAUUUUUGCUGCUGUUUUAGUAUUAAAAUGUAUAUAUUUAAGAUGGCCGGAGACUUUAUAAACUCUGGUUUCAUAGUUUUUUUUUUUUUUAUUAUUAUUAAUGCUCCUGCUGGAUGAAAAUGAAUUCAUUUAAAAAUGGAAAUUCCUUUUUAUUCAUACAAAAAAAUUUUUAUUAAAUUCACACUGAAGUCCAAUAUAUUGUUGUUGUAUUU